AUGCCAGUUUACGCAUAUGCUAUCGGUCUCCGGCGGGUUGGCGACAAAUGGAAGGAAGAUAGCGGGACUCGCCGUGUCCUCAUUACAGCAAAGGACGCGGCGACCCUAAACGAAUGGUACCAACAACUUCAACGCCUCGAGAACUCCAUUGAAAAAAAGGACAGCUCGGGACGGUGGUACUUAUAUGACAUUUCAUUCAACAUCCAGGAGUCCACAACUGAGUUUGCGGAUAUGAAUAAAUUCCUCGGCCUGGUUGUCUUCACGCGGCUGCCGGACUUUUCGCCAACGGGGGAUUCGGGAAAGGACGCACACCAGCCCGAUGUUGCAACAAGCAUGUGGGUAACAUUCCCGAGCAUUUAG